UUCUGCGCCUCGCCCCCUCCCUACGCUGCCGAGCCGGCGUCCUCAGCUGCGAUGCGCCGGGUUUUUUGAGCUGCCGGGAGCGCGAGGAAGGAGGGGAGCUCGGUACCAGACCAAGCUCUGAGUUCAACCCCCGGAUUGGUCGCAAGUAGGGAUCUUUGGCCACUACGCGGGACCCCGGACUGUGUCUGCGCUGCGCGCGAGGCUCUGCUCAGCUCAGCGCUCAGGUGCUGAGGAAUCACGGGCAUAUAGAAACUCUACAGCAUGUGGUUUCUCAGGCUGCCCUAAAGAUUAAAGGUUGUACAAAACUUAAAAGAAGCAACAAUUCUAUUCACUUGUUAUUGGACUUGAAACUCUUUUGACCUCGGAUACUGAAGAUGAGGUUGCCAUGGGAACUGCUGGUACUGCAAUCAUUCAUGUUGUGCCUUGCAGGUCCUUCCACCAGCUGUGUUUUCCUUGGAGCCAGAUGACCAAGGACCGGAUCCCCUGAACUGUUGGCCAAAUUAUAUCUCUCCUCCUUUAUGCUCCAGAUGACUACACACUGCAUGGCCCAAUUUUUAUUCAAGAACCAAAUCAUGUAAUGUUCCCUUUGGAUUCUGAGGAUAAAAAAGUGAAGCUUAAUUGUGAAGUCAAAGGAAACCCAAAACCUCACAUCAGGUGGAAGUUAAAUGGAACAGAUGUUGACAUUGGAAUGGAUUUCCGCUACAGUCUUGUUGAAGGCAGCUUGUUGAUCAAUAAUCCCAAUAAAACCCAAGAUACUGGAACGUACCAGUGCAUAGCAUCAAACUCGUUCGGCACAAUUGUUAGCAGAGAAGCAAAACUUCAAUUUGCUUAUCUUGAAAACUUUAAAACCAGAACAAGAAGCACUGUGUCUGUCCGCCGAGGCCAGGGAAUGGUUCUCCUCUGUGGCCCGCCUCCCCACUCUGGAGAGUUGAGCUAUGCCUGGAUCUUCAAUGAAUACCCUUCCUACCAAGAUAAUCGCCGCUUUGUUUCUCAAGAGACUGGGAAUCUGUACAUUGCCAAAGUAGAAAAAUCAGAUGUUGGGAACUAUACUUGUGUGGUUACCAAUACUGUAACAAAUCACAAGGUCCUGGGACCACCUACACCUCUAAUAUUGAGAAAUGAUGGAGUGAUGGGCGAAUAUGAACCCAAAAUAGAAGUCCAUUUUCCAGAAACAGUCCCUACUGCCAAAGGAGCAACGGUCAAGCUGGAGUGCUUUGCUUUAGGAAACCCAGUACCAACUAUUGCCUGGCGAAGAGCUGAUGGAAAGCCCAUAGCAAGGAAAGCCAGAAGACACAAGUCAAAUGGAAUUCUUGAAAUUCCCAAUUUUCAGCAGGAAGAUGCUGGCUUAUAUGAAUGUGUGGCUGAAAAUUCCAGAGGAAAAAAUGUAGCAAGGGGACAGUUGACUUUUUAUGCUCAACCUAAUUGGAUUCAAAAAAUAAAUGAUAUCCAUGUGGCCAUGGAAGAAAAAGUCUUUUGGGAAUGUAAAGCAAAUGGGAAGCCCAAACCUACAUAUAGGUGGCUAAAAAAUGGUGAACCACUGUUAACUCGGGAUAGAAUUCAAAUUGAGCAAGGAACACUCAACAUAACAAUAGUGAAUCUCUCAGAUGCAGGCAUGUAUCAGUGUGUGGCAGAGAAUAAACAUGGAGUUAUCUUUUCCAGUGCAGAGCUUAGUGUAAUAGCUGCAGGUCCAGAUUUCUCAAGAACUCUUUUGAAAAGGGUAACUCUCGUCAAAGUGGGAGGUGAAGUAGUUAUUGAGUGUAAACCAAAAGCUUCUCCAAAACCUGUCUACACCUGGAAGAAAGGAAGAGACAUAUUAAAAGAAAAUGAAAGAAUUACCAUUUCAGAAGAUGGAAACCUCAGAAUCAUCAACGUGACUAAAUCAGAUGCUGGAAGCUAUACCUGUAUAGCCACUAACCAUUUUGGAACUGCUAGCAGUACUGGGAACUUAGUAGUGAAAGAUCCAACAAAGGUAAUGGUUCCCCCUUCCAGUAUGGACGUCACUGUUGGAGAAAGCAUUGUUCUUCCAUGUCAGGUGACACACGAUCACUCAUUAGACAUUGUGUUCACAUGGUCAUUUAAUGAACAUCUGAUAGACUUCAACAAGGAUGGGGACCACUUUGAAAGAGUUGGAGGGCAGGAUUCAGCUGGUGAUUUGAUGAUCCGAAACAUCCAACUGAAGCAUGCUGGGAAAUACGUCUGCAUGGUCCAAACAAGUGUGGACAGACUAUCUGCUGCUGCAGACCUGAUUGUAAGAGGUCCCCCAGGUCCCCCAGAAGCUGUGACCAUUGAUGAAAUCACAGACACUACUGCUCAGCUUUCCUGGAGACCUGGGCCUGACAACCAUAGCCCCAUCACCAUGUAUGUCAUUCAAGCCAGGACUCCAUUCUCCGUGGGUUGGCAAGCAGUCAGUACAGUCCCAGAACUCAUUGAUGGAAAGACAUUCACAGCAACAGUGGUGGGUUUGAACCCUUGGGUCGAAUAUGAAUUCCGCACUGUUGCAGCCAAUGUGAUUGGCAUUGGGGAGCCCAGCCGGCCCUCAGAGAAACGGAGGACAGAAGAGGCCCUCCCUGAAGUCACCCCAGCUAACGUCAGUGGUGGUGGAGGCAGCAAAUCUGAGCUGGUUAUAACCUGGGAGACGGUCCCUGAAGAAUUACAGAAUGGUAGGGGCUUUGGUUACGUGGUAGCCUUCCGACCAUAUGGCAAAAUGAUAUGGAUGUUGACAGUACUGGCCUCAGCCGACGCCUCCAGAUAUGUGUUCAGAAAUGAGAGCGUGCGCCCCUUUUCUCCUUUUGAGGUUAAAGUUGGUGUCUUCAACAACAAAGGAGAAGGCCCUUUCAGUCCCACCACAGUGGUGUAUUCUGCUGAAGAAGAACCCACUAAACCACCAGCCAGCAUCUUUGCCAGAAGUCUUUCUGCCACAGAUAUCGAAGUUUUCUGGGCCUCCCCACUGGGGAAGAAUAGAGGACGAAUACAAGGUUAUGAGGUUAAAUAUUGGAGACACAAUGACAAGGAAGAAAAUGCUAGAAAAAUACGAACAGUGGGAAAUCAGACAUCAACAAAAAUCACCAAUUUACAAGGCAGUGCAUUGUAUCACUUAGCAGUCAAGGCAUAUAAUUCUGCGGGAACAGGCCCCUCCAGUGCUACAGUCAAUGUCACAACCAGAAAACCACCACCAAGCCAACCUCCUGGAAACAUCAUAUGGAAUUCAUCAGACUCCAAAAUUAUCCUGAAUUGGGAUCAAGUGAAGGCCCUGGAUAAUGAGUCAGAAGUAAAAGGAUACAAAGUCUUGUACAGAUGGAACAGACAAAGCAGCACAUCUGUCAUUGAAACAAAUAAAACAUCAGUGGAGCUUUCUUUACCUGUUGAUGAAGAUUAUAUAAUUGAAAUUAAGCCAUUCAGUGAUGGAGGAGAUGGCAGCAGCAGUGAACAAAUUCGAAUUCCAAAGAUAUCAAAUUCUUAUGCGAGAGGAUCCGGAGCUUCCUCAUCAAAUGCAUGUACACUGUCAGCCAUCAGCACGAUCAUGAUUUCCCUCACAGCCAGGUCUAGUUUAUGACAAAAGUUAUCCAAAGGACUUGCUGUUUAUAAUAUAAGCAACGUUUAGCUAGUUGUUUUGAAGACACCCAGUACUAAGUAAUAUUGUUGUUCAAGUACAUCUUAUUACUGGAAAAAAAUGUUUUUUGCUUCUUUAGGAAUGGCAUUAUACAGUACUUCCUCAAAGCAAAUCUAGCUUUGUCUGAAGUUUCUUUGGAAACUCUGCAAUGCACUGAAGACAUCUGUAAUAUGAUGUUACCAAAGCAGUUUACAUAAGUCCUUAUAUGCAUAUUUUUUAUUAUAUAUUUAGUGUUUUAUAGAAUUUUUUAAAGUUAACAUGUAAUGUAGAUAUUAAUUUUUUCCUCUGCUAUGAAAUGCUAUGGGCAACACAAUCAUACAAUUAUGAUUUGAGAAUAUUUGCUUUAAAGACAGAGUUUAAACUCAUCUUGAUAAAUAAAUUGCUAAUCACUUGUACAGUUUUACAAGAAUCUAAUGGCAGAACACCUGGAAACUUGGUCUAUAACUCAAGGCUGCUGUAUAUAAAUUACUCUCUGAAUGGUUGCUAUGUUGAAUGAAGUCUUUUUGACUUGUAUAAUAUGUUUUUCCACCCUGUUGUGAAUUUUGUUAUAUAACACAACUUGAGAUGGUUUCAGAAAUGGCUGCAAAUCUUAAAAAAGCUAAACUUACUGCCCAAGAGGCAUUUGUGCAAUAUUCCCACCCCUAAAUUUAGCAUUGUGUGGUAAGACUUUCUUUUCGCUCAACUAAGUUAGCCUUGUCUUUGUAGUAGCAUUAUCCUAGACAUUAAAUUUGAAGUUAUAUAUCCUGUAGUAACAUAGACUAAAAGUUGCUAUACUCAAUCAAGUCUUUCAAAGGAUAAAAGAUAAUUUUGUUACCUUUAAAUGUAUCUGGUUUGAAUGUAAAUUUUAAAAAAAAGUAAUUCUCUGUUAAUGGACUCACAAUUCCUUUACAAAAUUUCUUAUAUAUAAUGUGUAUCUCUGUAAUAAUAGAACUCUUCUUUUGAAUCACAAUCACUUACAGAGUUUGGAAGAUUUCUCCUAUUUCAACAAAUAGUUGCUGCAAAGAAUUUUUCAUAUGGUUCUAUAAAAGAUCUUUAGUAAAAUUGUAUGGUAUCUUGACAAUUCUCUUGUUUUGCAAUAGCUAGACUAGUUGCUUUAUAAGCUUUACCUUCUAAGUCUUAAAAUUAUGCAUUGGAAAAUGACAAUAUUAAAAAAUCAUAUUCUUAUGAAAAGAACUGUUUGUUAUGAUGGGGAGGUUUUAUAAGCUGACACUGGUGGAACAGUAAUAUAAAAAGGCAAUGAAAUUUUCUAUAAAAAAUUUCACAUGUGAACAUAAUGUUCCUUUUUCUUAAAGAAUUCAAAUUUGCCUGUAAUUUGUCAUUUUUGCUUACGAAUAAUAUGUUAACUUUUCAAACUUCUAACUAUAUUUAUCCAAUAAAGUCAUAAUCAGGAUUCCACUUGUGUAAAAAUUAGGAUGCUAACUGCAACAAAAAAAUUCUUGUCAGUAUUUCAAGCUGUGUUCCUUGCUUAGUUUGAUAUGAUUAUUUCUAUGUUAAAAUAAAAUUUAAAAUCACACACAAAAAAAUCAACAAAACAUGAAAAUGAAUGAAAAAAAAUAAUAUCCCAGGUAGUUCCCAGUCCCAGUGUAAAUGAUAUUUACCAGUGAUCUAGCAUAUGUAAUCUUUUUUAAAAGGUAUUGUUAAUAAAUAUUCUGUCAUUUAUAAAGAUAUUUGUCUUCUGGGAGCAUUUUUACUGCCUGCCUGUCAGGGAAUGUUAGCUCACUCUUGUGCUAGUCAUUAUUUGGGAUCAGAAGGGGACUGAAAAGUCUCUGGCCAUGACCCUAAGCCUUUCCUUUGGAAGUGACAACCUAAAGACACCAUUUCAAAGCCUCUUUGAAAGUAGAGAAAAUCAAAAUCCACAAAUAAAUGUCCCGAAGAUCAGACUUGAAUAUUUUCUCUGCAUUAGCUAAGGCUUUUGUGUAUUUUACUUAAACGUAUUUAUCAGCUUCCUGCUUCUUUCCCUUGCCGAGGUGAUAAAACUUAAACCUGAGCACAGAGGGCCAGCCCUUCUUAAUCUAAAACACUUUAACUCUACAUCUGGUCACGGUGAACUCUUUAGCCCUCUCUAGUCCCUAAACACUGCUUGCUUUUGGUUUUACCUCUGUGCCUUUCAGUCUCAUGGCUGCCCCUUCCUGAAAUGCUUUCCAAUAGUCUCCCAAUAUCUGCUUCCCAGAGUAGCCGCAAUCCCUGCUCGUCUGUGAAGUUUUUCCAUACAUUGGUCCUCUGUGAUGCUCCUUCUCUAAAUUCACUGCAACCUUCCAUUUAGUAAUUAAUCAGGUACUACUUUUGGAAAUCUUCUGUACUGUUAUCUUGCAUUUUAACUUAACUCCUGUAUUGUUAUUUAUGUUUCCUUGUAUGUAUGCCUUGUCUCCCCAACUAGAUUGUAAGCUCCUCGAGGGCAGGAACAUUGGUCUUAUCUUCCUUGUACUCUCCGUAGUGCCUAGCACAGUGCCUUGCAAUAAAUACUCCUUGAUUAAUUUAC